ACCUUGCAUUUGCAUCUUGCAGUUGCGAGCGUUGACGCCCGUUCCUGUGACGCGAUGCUUUGAGGGUCUGGCCCAGUCCUGCUAUGGCAUUAUCCAGUUUGGAGGACUAAAGCGCGAAGUAGGAGCCGAUCCAUGCCUUCCUUCCUAUGCCCAUGCAAUGACUCCGGAAUUCAGGUAUUCCAUACUUCCAGGUAGCAAGAGAGCCAUGCUGCUGAAUCGUUGCUCUUAUACGCAAAAGCCGGCCAGACUCUUCACGGAAAGAGCGGCGGCGGAAGGAGAUAUGACGCGAUGAAGAAAGGCGCACCCAGUGAAGGCGACCGCUCGCCGCUCCCAAAUACAGCUUCACAGGCGCUUUGGACGAGCCCAGAAAACUCUGCUCCCUUCACCUUCACCGCGCCUCGGGUCUUCUUGGCAAGCUCUAUAAACGUCUCACAAUGCCUCUCCAGCACCUGACAACAACCACAUCUCCGCUCUCGCAACCUAGCCACCAUGGCAGAUCGCUACCCGCCCGUUCCACGCGGAUGGAACUGCUAUCGUCCAACGUACUCGCCUCCACGCAGCACACGCUCUGGCCAGCACCCGUCCCUGGACAACGGCGACAACCCGAACAAAACCCCCGCGGCUCCGCAUCACCACCAGCGACGCCCUGGUCGGGGUGACAACCGCUCAGACGGCCGCCCAGACGACGAGCUCCUAAAGCUCUGGGAUGCAGAGCUUGAAGGCUUAAUGGGACGCACCGAACGUGCCUACGACUUGGUGAGUACUUACGAGGAGUUGUCGAUGGGUGGAAAGCGGUGGCUGCCAACCCACAUUGAGGUGAUUCGCGAGGCUGGGAAGGAUCUGCACCAUGAUAUCCGCGUUCUACAGGGCUGGCGACGUACGGUGGCGAAGCUGGGAAAGGUCGAUCGGGACAUGAUGCGGAAGAUCGAGGAUGAGUGCAAUGCGGUCAAGCAGACGUGUCUGCGCGUUCAAGGCAUGAUCAACGGGCACGAGCAGGUGCCUGUUCGCAACGAGCAGGAGGUCGAGGUGGAUGCCGACGGCCAACUGGUCGGGUUUAAGAUCAAGGGUGCUGCGGGUGGCAUACAAGGCAAGGCAAAGGACGCAGGUGUUGGUCGAGUUCAGUCAAGGUCGCCCACCCCGCCUACGCCAGCGCGCCGGCAGCAAGGUCGCCCAGGAAAUGACAGCGGGAGACGAGUUCGAGAAGGCGCUCCGCGCUAACUGGGCGAAGUUGACCUCAUGUGCUAGACAGCACCAUUGGUGAGGAGCUUGAUAUGGGCGGUAGGAUUUGUCGACCAUUUGACUGCGCAACUGAUAGCGAGAGUUGGAGGAAUUUGGAUCGACUCCUGCAUAUGGUCUACGGUACUACGUAGGCCGGCGAUGAGCCUAG